AUUGAUGCCGACAUUGAACUCUAUACGUGUAUACGUUUGUUUUGUGGUGUUUAUGAUAUCAUAACAAGAAAAACAAGAAAAUAAAUCAUUUUCAAGUUUGUAAAAACUCUGAACAAGUUCAUCAUGGAAAAGGUUUAACAGCAGCAAUGGACAAAGCAGCUGAGGAAGCCGCGGGCUUCCACAAACCCAGGCAAAGAACGUCAUCAAGUUCGCAAUAUUCUAGUCAACAUGUUCACAAUAAUUUUCCCUUGAUGUGCAGUGAUUCUGGUCUGUAUACAUGCAGUUCCAACAACAGCGAUACUGCAUUUGAAUCCGACACCGACUCCAGCCAUAUUAGGUCAAAACUAAAACGAGAUGACUCCCUGCAUACAGUUCUUAAAGAUGUCAACAAACUUCGUAGUGAAUUGGAGCGUUUAUCGAAAUCGGAACAAUGGUAUAGGCAGGAGCUGCGUCAGCAGAAGGCGAGCAGACUGGAAGACCUUGAGAGGAUAUAUAGCAGAGAACGAAAAUACAUGGAAGAAAAUCAAAAGCUACAAAAAGAAUGUCUACGUCUAUAUGAAAAGUGCAGUGAAUUAGAAAGAGAAGCCGAAACAUAUCAGGAAGCAAGUAAAAACGACUGUGAGCUUAGAAAAGAUGUCAGUAUAAUUGACAGCAACUCUACCGAUUUCCAAAUACAACAACAAUUGUCAAUUAUUAGUGACCAACAAAAACUGAUCGCAGUUCUUAGAAAACAAAAGAAAGCCCUUCUAAACGACUUCAAGACGUUAACAGAUGAAAAAGAUGAACAAAUCAUGAAAAUGCAGAAAUGUCUAGCUGACCUUGAAUUUGACAAUAAGUGCAUUACAAAAAGGUGCGCUGAAUUCUCAAAGGAACGGUAUCAAAUGGAUUGUAGAUUAGUGGAAUCUGAAACGCGACUUUCACUAGCAUUGACCGAUAAGCUUAAUUUACAAAAAAGCUUGGUGACUCUCAAGGAACAGCUGGAAAUACAAGAAAAACUAGUAAAAUUUAAAGAAGAGGAGAUCACGCAGAUACAGAGUAAGUUUAGGGAUACAAUUAGCAACGAACAUGAUUUAGACGAAGUUCAUAGGUUAAGUUUAAAAUACAAUGAAGACAUCAAUUCUAAAUCAUUGGAAAUAAUUGAUUUGAAAAAUCGCAUUAGUAGUUUGGAAGUAGAGCUAGAAAAUUUGCAAGAACUACAAGCACAACACGAACAACAACAAAGACUAAUUGAACAAUUAAAUUUUUCCCUGGAUUCGUGUCAGCUAGAGCUACAAGAAAUCCGGGAAUCGGAUAGUCUUCAAGCCAAACAAAUAGAUGAGCUACAAUAUAAAAAUCAGAUACUCGUUCAGGAAAAGGAAAAUAGUCUCAUGGAAGUAUUGAAACAUAAGCGAAACUUUGAAAAUAUCUGUCAGGAGUUAAAAUCCACUAAAGAUCAGUUUGCAAGCUUACAACAGCUAUAUAAGGAAACAAAGUUCAAAUUGGAACUAUGUGAAAUGGAGCAAAGUAAACUUAAAUUCCAGCGUGAGAACGAUCAGAGAGAAAUACAGGAAUUGAGGCAAAAACUUAAGGGAUACUUACAGCAGACGGCUAAUCUCGUCGAAAAAAUGCAAAAACUUGAAAAUCAGCUAAAGCAGAGUGUGGAAGAAAAUGUUCAAAUGAAAAAAGAAUUCGAAGCGAUCCAGGCAGAGUUAAGUGUUGUAAUACCACAUUCACAGGAGGCCUCAAAGGGAGACAACAAUUGUAACAAUUUCGUUGAACUUUCAAAAGAGUUUAUGCCACAUCAAGAUGCUUUCGAUAGUCAUGGUUCCAACAUAAUGGCUAUGGCAAUUGAAGACUGUCCAUUUGAUCCACAAGGACAUCGAACAUCUGACAGGGAUGGUGAUUUGAGAUAUCAAUAUACAAAAUUACAGGAAAAUGUAGACAUUUUUGAAUGUGUUCUGGAUAAGAAUAAAAAAAUAUUGAGGUAUUUAAGAGGGGACGGAGAAGAAAUCCGCGAUUUAGAAACCUUAUUAGAUGAAAAUAACGCCCUAAAACAACGAAUUGUGGAAAUAGAAAAUGAAGCCAGAACUCUAAAACUUGAACAGGACAUCCGGGACAUGACCCAAAAAUGUUUGUCACUACAAGAACUAUUAGAAGGGCAGGAUAAAAAAGUUGGAGAUUUGCAAAUUCGACUACUGAACAACGAUUCUCAUCUAUAUAAAGCGGAGAAGAAUGUUGAAGUUCUACAAGAAAAUAAGACAUUAAGUGAUCACAUAUUUUUAGAAAAUCGAGCGUUGAAGGCUAAUCUGGGCAAGGAAAUCUGUGUAAAAGCAACACUAAAAAAACAAUUAGAAGAGUCAAGGAAUCGUUUGGAAACUAUGAAACAAAAAUUAGAAGAAUUAAAGUCUUCAAAACCAGCAAAAUCCCAUCAGGCAGUACAAUGCGACAUUGAAAGUCAAGAGGAAACUUAUCAAGAAGUAAAAUAUUUAAGGGAACAAAUUGAAGAUCUACAGAAUAAACAAGAACAGUUCUUACAAAACGAUUCGCUCAAGUCCGAAGAACGUAUGCAAAUUUUACGCAAAUUGUCGGAUUUGCAAAGUUCUAAAAUACAAUGUCUACAAGAUAACCAAUCAGACUGGGAAGAUAUGCUAAAUUCCCUUCGCAAUGUUCAGCUUUUGGAGGAACAAACACGUAAAGAACUCGAACUAAAAAGGAUGGAAUUGGAAGACUUGAACGAAGUGUUUGCCGAACAAAAUGAAGAGCUUAAGAAAUUGGAAGAACUGGCGGCUAUACAAGAAAUCAGAAGACAACGGGAAAAAGAACAAAUAAAACGUGCAUUCCAGGAUGAAGUGACAACGUUGAACAAACAGUUGUUGCAAUGCCAAGAUGAAAUACAGAAACAGCAGGAAAUUAAUGAAAUACUACAGGAACAAAAUAAUAGAAUUCAGCAGAACUAUGACGAAGAUUAUGCUACUGAAAUAGGGGACUACAAAAAGGAAGUGCGAUCAUUAAACACACAGCUAGAAAAGACAAUUCAGGAAAGGGAUGAGUUGACAAAUCGUGUUCGAGAACUGGAAAAUGAGCUACAUGAAAUAAAAAUGACAAGACGUGAAGCAGUCUUUCUUCCGCAACUUACAUUUGGCAAUGAAAAUAACUCUGACAAUAAGAUUGUACAAUGUUCAGAUAAUGAAAAACAGGUCCAAGACGAUCACAUUCGAAUAUUGACGAAAGUACUAGAAGCUGAAUAUGUCCGAAAAAUGCAAAGAUAUGACGAGCAUAUACACUCUUUAUUGGCAAAUGUCAGUGCUCUCAAGAAAUCGCUGAAAGCAAAUGAACACAAAACCGUGAUAUUGUGCGAAGAACAGUACAGAGCAAAGCAGGAACUCAAAGAAAUGCAAAAUACUAAACGGAAUCUGGAAGAACUCCGUUUGAAAUACGAAAAAAGUCAAAAUAUAAUAAGGGAACUUCAACAGGAAUUAUCAAUUGAACGAACGAAAAGUAAAUCUUCGGACAUGGACAAAUCAUCACAACAUGAUACACCCACUUACGAGGUAUCCAAUUUGAUUGAUGACUAUAAAAAGCUAAUACGACAAUCUGCCAUGGUAACAAAGAGGCCUGCGACACACGUAAUUCUCGACUUGAUUCAGCGUAGUAAUAAAUGUGUGCCAAAUUGCAGAAAAAUGGAAUCAAGUAUUGAUGAUUUACGUAACGAUUUGCAAACAUUUUUAACGUCAUACGCUCAAAAAAUAUCCCCUUCCUUCAUCAACACAGCUUCAUUAACAGUUCCUCCUUCUCUAAUGGAUGAAUUGAAAGCUGCGACAGAAAGAUUUCAAUAACUAAUUAUCCCGACUUACCUUUCAAGUGCCAAUAUUUUAAGAUUUUAUUUUUUGUAUUAUUUAUUGUUUUUAUUAUUUCCGUACCUUUUUCAUGACUUUUGUUGUCUAUAAAUACAUAAAAUAAAAAGCAAAAGCGAAGAGUUUACAUUACAAAA